AUGGCGAGCGGUAUUCAGGAUAAAACCUUCACCUUGAACACUGGGGCAAAGAUACCCGCUAUUGGAUUCGGCACUUGGAAGGCUGGUCCAGGCGAAGCAGCUGCAGCCGUACAAUCCGCGUUCGAAGCAGGAUACAGACACUUUGACUGCGCGCCUCUCUACGGAAACGAAGCAGAGAUUGGCGAGGUGUUCAAAUCAAUCAACGUUCCCCGCGAGGAAUAUUUUGUGACUAGCAAACUUUGGUCCUCCGACCACCGACGCAUUACCUCCGCGCUUCAAAAAUCACUAGACGAUCUUUGCCUGAAAUAUGUCGAUCUCUAUCUCAUGCAUUGGCCCGUGACUUUACCCACAUCCACACCAGAAACCUAUGGAAAAGAAGAUCGGACCGCCCAUGACCCCGACUGGGACUUCACCGACACAUGGAGGGAGAUGGAGAAGUUACUGAGCACAGGCAAAGUACGAGCAAUUGGAGUCGCGAACUUCUCCACGGUCAAUCUGGAAAAAUUGCUUAAAACCUGCAAGAUUGUUCCGGCUGUUAAUCAAACAGAGAUUCAGCCACUGUUGCCACAGAAGAAGCUGAAUGGUUUCUGUGUGAAGCACAAUAUUCAUCAAACCGCCUUUGGACCACUCGGAGGAAGUGGAAGUACGUUGCAUGAUAACCCUGUGGUGAAUAGCAUUGCGGAGAAAAGGAGUUGCAGCUCGGGAAAUGUGUUGCUGAGCUGGGGGGUAAAGAAGGGGUGGAGUGUAAUUCCAAAAAGCACGAAGGCUGCUAGAAUCGCGGGGAAUCUCCAGAAAUGUUUUGAGAUGGAUGAAAUUGAGACUGCUCAAAUUGACGGGUUGGUUCAGACAUUGGGAGGGAAGCGGUUCAAUCGUCCGAAUUGGGGGGCUGUUAUCUUCCAUGACGACGAGGGUGAGAAUGUACAGUAG